CGCCCGCAUCCGCAGCCACCAACAACGAGCGGGUCUCAGGUCAGAGCUCGAACGCACUGACAGCGCUUCACCUUCACCUUCACACACCCAGCAGCGAAGCAUCCGAUCCCAGGAUGAGCCAGGAGGAGCAGGUGAGGAGGAAGCCGGCGGAGCCCGACGGCCAGGACCAGCCGGGCGGCGGCGGCGCCGUCACCGAGGCGCGCGUGCCGGAGGAUCACGACGCCGGUGACGUCGCGGCAGCAGAAGCAGGCGAACUCGACGGCGGCGGCGGCGGCGGCCGGGGCGCGGCGAGGGACGGGACGAAGAUCACGAUCGGCGAGGCGCUGGAGGCGACGGCGUUCUCGGCGGGCGACCAGGCGGUGGAGCCGAGCGACGCGGAAGCGAUCGCGGUGGCGGAGGCGAGGGCGAGCGGGACGGACGAGGCGCCGCCGGACGGGCUGGCCGCGCGGGCGCGCGCGGCCGCCGAGGCCAACGCCGCCGCCGCGGGGCGCGGCGAGGACAGGACCACGCUGCGCGACGUCCUCGCGGACGCGACGACAAUACUGGGCGCGGACAAGGAUGUGGAGCGGGAGGACGCGGCGCGGGUGGUGGAGGCGGAGGUGCGCAGCGACCCCGACGCGACGGCGCGCCCAGGCGGGGUUGCCGCGUCCAUCGCCGCCGCCGCGCGGCUCAACCGCGGCCGGCAGUAGCUAUGUGCUCCACUGGUUGUCGGGGGGCAGUGUCAAUGCAAGUGUGCUUGUACGUUUUCCUUUUUGAGAUGGAAUGUGGUGGUGCUUGGCCCGCUUGUAGUAGUUGUUGUACACGCCCUCGCAAAUCGCAGCAACAAAGUCAAAUAAUGAUGCGCAAGCAGACAUGAAUCGGGAGGAAGGCCUAGGCGGACCUAGCGACAAAAGUGAG